UUCAUCCCCACAAUGUCGCCUGCAUUGCUCCUCAACAACGGUCACAUUCAUUCCAACGAACACCGGCCUGACGGAUUCGCAACGAACGCGAUUCAUGUCGGCUCAGAACCGAGCCAAGAGACGGGAGCGGUGAUGCCCUCUAUCGCUCUCAGCACAACGUUCAAGCAAGAUGCUGUUGGUGUGCACAAGGGUUAUGAGUACUCCCGCUCCGGAAAUCCCAAUCGCGACGCAUUUGAGAAAGCAGUCGCAUCCCUAGAAUCUGGCAAAUACGGCAUCGCGUUUGCCAGCGGAUCUGCUACCACCGCUACUGUUGUGCAAUCACUUGGGCCUGGUGCUCAUGUCGUUGCCGUUAAUGACGUCUAUGGCGGCACUUUCCGGUACCUUACGAGAGUGGCUUCGGAGACGCAAGGGCUAGAAGUGUCGUUUGUCGACCUCGAGACUUCAUCGGAUGAAGCGAUUUUGUCAAGCAUAAGACCAAAUACUAAGCUGGUCUGGAUUGAGAGUCCGACGAAUCCGACACUUCGUGUUAUCGAUGUUCCUGAUAUCAUCCGCCUCGUCCAUUCGCAUCCAUCUCACCCACUUGUCCUGGUCGAUAAUACCUUCCUGUCUCCGUUCUACUCUUCUCCCCUCCUCCUAGGCGCCGACAUCGUUAUGCAUAGCGUAACGAAAUACAUCAACGGCCAUUCCGACGUCGUCAUGGGCGUUCUUGUGCUGCCACAGCGGCACGUGCGGCUAGCGGAGCGCUUACGGUACCUGCAGAACGCGUCUGGAGCAAUUCCCUCUCCAUUUGACUGCUGGCUGGCCCUGCGUGGCGUCAAGACGCUUCCUUUGCGAAUGAAGCAGCACGGGUUGAACGCGCUCCGAAUUGCUAACCGGCUCCUCGACUCGCCUUACGUAGAAGAAGUCAUCUAUCCCGGCCUCAUCGACGCUUCUCGCCACGCUAUUGCUCUGGCAUCUCUCUCGCCCCAUGCUGCAAAGUUCAUCGACACGCUGCCGGCGGACGUCGUCGCCCACGGGGUGCCAUAUGGCGGGAUGGUCAGCUUCAGGAUCAAGGGCGGAGAGGGAGCAGCGGAGAAGUUCUUGACGAAGACUAGGUUGUUUACUCUUGCUGAGAGCCUGGGUGGAGUGGAGAGUCUUGCUGAACUUCCUGCUCUCAUGACACAUGGGAGCAUUCCGAAGGAGGAGCGAGAGAAGAUCGGGAUCACCGAUGACCUGAUUCGGCUCAGCAUCGGCUGUGAGGAAGUGGAAGAUCUUAUCGACGAUAUCGAUCAGGCUCUCGCAGCGGCAGUCGCACAGUCCACAUCGCUGGUCGAUGAUCUCACUGUGAAGAAGGCUCAUGCCGCUGCGAUUGUACACCACAUAAAUGGCGUUCACCCCCUGCACGCUUAGACCGCUUUUUUGGACUAUACAAUCAACUUCAUUCCUUCAAUGUCUUGUGUUACAACAUAUCGCACAUGUAAACAAUUAGAUCAAUGGCAAACAGCGAUGAAUAGAUACAAAGACCGAUGUGAGAACUUGAAAGUUCGGUCUGUCAGAAUGCGUAUCCAGUGGUGAAACUGAGCGCUCCAGGAGAAGUAGGCCGCGUGAACGGCGGUCGGACUUCCGCAAGCUCUGAGAUUGCUUGCUCAUAUCGUUUUCGCCAUCGGAGCGCAUCGGUCUCGUGGUUAUGUGCCGACUCUUUUGCGGUUCGCGCUACUUGGUCAACUUCGAUGAGCUCGUCCUUUACUUCCAUCAUCUCGUGGUCCAAAUCACGGCAUAUAUUCUUCCACCUUGCGAGCUCUGAGUUCCGCCUCUUCAACUCCCUAUGGAGAUCCGCACACUCCUUCUCCGCAGCUUCCACUUUCACGCGCUCGUUUAGCACUUCCAGUUGUACGGCCGUCAACUCUUCGUCGAAUAGUUUCUUCUGAUCAUCUAAACUCCUGAUGACAGCUUCAUAUUGAACCAUGUCUCCAUAUGCUUUCGACAACCGCUUCAUGGUUCUCAUAUAUGUGUUCAAACGAACGACGGUACUCUGAAAUGAGGCCUGUGCCGCACUCCCCUUCUGCAGCCAUUUCUGCAUCAAGUUCACCGCCGAUUCAAACCUCUCAGGAUGGCAGUCAUCGAUGGCCUUUAUGACCACUUCCUCGACUCUUGAUGCGUCUUGUGCAUCGUCCAGAUUGACCGAUGGGAAUAUCCGUCUGGCUUCUCGACUUAGAUAUGGAUCACGACAUAAGGCGCAGUGCUUAGGAUCCUGUGCUUCUAAACAUGAGAGACAAAAUACAUGACCACAAGAAAUAGAAUAGGGGGCAUGCUCAGGUUCCGGGGUAAAAUCUUCAAAACAGGUUGGGCAGUUAUCAAAAACAAGCAUCUGGAUAUAAGGUAAGAAGAGGAAAUGCAAAAGGACUCGAACCAGAAUAUUGAACAAGAAAGUGUAGAUGUUGGACUAGUGGUCAAC